ACCAGUGGGUUCUUUCGGCUCAGAGCGUUUUCAUUGGAAAUUUGCAUCCCAAAACAGUCGACGAUAAUCCUCUAGCAGCAUUUCCCAGCCGCAAGUAGCAUCCACCAUCCCAAAACAACCGACAAUAUCCUCUAGCAGCGUUUUCCAGCCGCAAGAAGUAUCGGUGACGGCGUUGUGUAGUUUUGUCGUUUUGUUCCGGAAAUGCGCCAAAGAAGAAGGUGGAGAAAACUGUCCUCCUUGCGCAGGGGAAAACAGCGGCCUAUCGUAAAGUGUGUGGAUAUUGGUUGUGUGAAACCUUGUGAUAACGAAGCAAUAUCGAGGAGCACGAAAUUCGCGUAUUACCGUGAAUGUUGAAAGAUAAACAAGUUCAGCAGCGGCGAACGCGACAAUCCAAGUAUACCGGUGGUGGCAUUGUGCAGUGUGGAUCGCGUGUGUGUUACGUUCGGAACGAAAAAAAAAACAUGUGAAAAAGUGAGCUGGGUUGGAAAAGCGAGUGAGAAAAUUCUUCUUUGAUAAGCAACCCAAAUCGUAUUACCGCAAUCCCAACAGAGAUCGAUAUUCUUGUGGCGUGCGAUUGAAAAUGUUGCCAGAUUCGUGGCGGAAUCGGACGUUAAACGAUUCAUAAAUUGUGUACAGGCCAGGCAGGCGGUGCGUGCUCUGGUUCGCGGCGUGCCACUUGUGUGUUGUGUUUUAGGCAAAAGCACGUUCAUGCCGAACGGAAUUUGGUAUCGUGUCACGAGUUUCGUGACAAUAAUGGCGAAAAGCGAGGUAUAAAUGUGUAGUCACCGCAGCAGUGCACGAAAUACCGAAAUUACCAAACCUGCCCGUCGUCGUGACUGAACGGAAAAGCAGAAAAGCGGCGAAGAGCAGUGGAAAACAGAGAAUAAGAAGAAGAAGAAGAAGCAAACGAAACUGUUACUGUGUGUUGCUGGCAAAAUGGAGCUUUCAAGUGUCACGGAUUGCGCAACGAGAAUUGUACCUUGCCUUGGUCGGCGGUUCCCCAUUCACCUGGAAGCAGCGGGCCCUGCCAGGAGGUGCUUCGGGGAGAGUAACAAUAUCAACGCGGAACGUACCAUCCCGGAUCAAACCUCCAUUAGCAACCAGCCCUUCAAAUCGGCGAUAGCAACGACACUUGCCACAGCAACCAUUGAGCUCCACAAGUUUCUCGCUAGAUUUUCUGGAAGGAGACGAAUCGAUCAACAACAGCUGCAUCAACUUUACAGCCGAACAGUGUCCAUGUUGGCAGUUUUUCUAAUUUUAAGCUCAGCUUUACAAACGACAGAUGCCUGCUCCAGUCGAACAACACCGAAGCCUAGACCUCCCAGUCCAACUCCUAGACCAAAUAUUACAUUCCAUACCUACAAGUGCCCUCCGGCAUAUGCCGCCUGGUAUUGUUUGAACGAUGCUACCUGCUUCACAGUAAAAAUAGGAGAUUCGUUGCUUUACAACUGCGAAUGUGCCGAUGGUUACAUGGGGCCUCGAUGCGAAUACAAAGAUUUAGACGGUUCCUACUUGCCAACCCGACCACGCGUUAUGCUCGAAACGGCUAGUAUAGCGAGCGGAGCCAUCGGCUCACUAGUACUACUCAUCAUUGGUUGGUGUUGCUGGUGUGUUCGAAGACAUCAGCGCCAUAAAAGACUGGAAAAAGAAAACGGUGGCGUGGAUACGGUAGACUCAGCCGGUGUGUUGCGUGUGGUGCACAGUGAGCAGUCUCUGCGACCGUUUGGAACUCAUCAUCUCAAAACAAUUCCGUUGAGUGAGGCACUCAAACGGUAAGCCUGAAGUAUAGACGCGUCCAACAUUCGACCCAGAAGCUAAAGAUGCGCUGCAAUUGGUCCAUACACAACUUUAUCGCUGCCUUUAUUAUACAAAUUUGCUCUACUCAGCGAGCAUCGCCUAGGGUUUGGCAAAUCCGUCGACCUAUUUGGACCUAUAGUUACUCGAAGCGACAACGUGUUGAAACGAGGGAGAACGCGGACGAUAAGACGCUUUAUUCGACAAAAUAUGCAUCGCAUCGUUGGGGAUGCAUCAUCGAAAUGUCUGCCUCAAACGAUUACGACAACGACGAGAGCCCUACAAUAGUUUGUGAAAUUACCAAUCAUCGAGUAGUAAUCAUGUACACAGAACCAUUUUGACCCAUUUACACUCACACACAGCUUAACAAAGAACGCAUGUUUGGAUACACUUUUAACGUAUCAGGUUUGAGCAGCAACUCCUCAGUAUGAUCAAGAUCAAGUAAACACGAUCUCGGAUGUGCACGGUAUUGGAUGCAUCUGCAAAACAAACCACAAGUAUGGCAAUGAGCUAAAUCAUAUAUUUAAUAAGGGCAACGAAUACCUUUUUACGGAAUUUUACGUGAUUUUGUAUUUAACUGUUAGCCUCCUGUGUGGUAUCACGGCUACGUGUCGUUUGGGCGCGCUGUAUAUGUAUGAUACUGUUUAGCGUGAUUUUUUUUUUUAGAUAAAAAGAUAUUUCAUUCCAAAUAUCUUGUUCUGAGACAACAUUUGCCUUAAGAAGUGAAGUACGAAGCGAAACUAUUAAUAUAAAUAUAAAACAUUCGAACAUUCAAAGACAGAACGUCAUCGAAUGGAACUUGACAGUAGGUAGUAGCUGCAGUUUGAGACAUUGAUUGUGCUUCAGGUGAAGGAAGUGCAUUGAGUAAGAGUAAGAGACGAAGGCGUGGGUAGAGCGGGCUGGGGGAGGGAAUGAAGGAAAAAAGCAGCGUCGAGAGGCAGUAAUUGACAAUGGAUGAGUAAAGCAACUAGAAAUAGGAUUAAACGUUCCACGCUUAAACAUCAAACACUUAUGCAUGACAGUGUGCCUAUUACCGUAGAGAAAAGAAUGAAAUUUGUUGAAUAUUUUUUCCAGACGCUAAAUGCAAUCGCUGUUAUUCAAAGAGGCAGUGUAAUGCAUCCGGUAUAUGUCUAGGUGAAAUAACAAUUAUCCCGAUAGAUAGUUUGAACGCAAUCGAAAUGCACGCAAACAUUAAAAUGUGGCAAUAUUAUUGUUCCCACUGUCGUCACCUCCUUGAGAGGUGAUGGCAUCUACAACCGCAUUAGGUAGUCCUGCGUCAUUGGUUUUGACUUAUUCGUAACAUUCAGUUAUGUUUGUCAAACAGUUGUGUGUGCUUUCUUCGUCUAGGAAGCGUUUCGAGGGGAGGUGGUAAAAGGCAUAAUCCACUGGAAGCCGUAAACAGACGAGCAGUAUUUUAACAAUCAAAAUGGUGCCAUCUGGACAUUUUGAGAUUAGUAUUCUUUUGUUCUUUUACAUUGUUUUCCGUUCAUAUUAGAUGUUAGUGGCAGUUGUGGUUUAUAUCGAAGUUGAUUACUCCUUAGCAAAACAUGAAUGCUACUAAUACUACUACUAUUAUAUUACUGUCGAUACUCUUCUGAAUUGAAUGUGCUCUUUAUUUAGCGCACUGAAUGUAUUUAUCCAUCGGUUGUCGCAAGAAUAAUUCCUUUCUGCUUCUUUCUCUUUUCGCUAUUUUAUUUUAGUAUUUAUUGUAUCGUAUAUUAUUUAUUUUAAGCCAUAUAAAUGCCUUCAUCUUUGUCUCUAGUUGCAUCUUAGUAAAACUUAACGGAAAAGAAAAAAAUGAAAAAUAACAUCCCUGUUACCGCUUUUUUGACAUAUACCGUAUAGCGUAAUGUCUAAACAGCGGCGUAAACGAAAUAUGUCGACAUACAUUAAAUCUACCAAAUCUAAGCGAAUAGUUUUUUAAUGCAAAGAAACUGUAUAGCAAUAUAAGACCAAUGUUCGAUCAGCGAAAGCAUCGACCCCAGGUGAAUUGUAUCUUUGAUGUGCGAUCUAGAUUCUCCAGUAUAACGUCCAGUAACGUGAGACCUAAGCUCUAAGGGUUGGCGGUGGAGAAGAAACGAGUGAGAGGGUGGCUGGCAGUAACACCAUUGAGCAAAGAACGUACAACAGGUACAGUACGUGCACCCCGCCGAAUCAAAUCCUUACUUUCUAAAAGUUAUUCACUACAAGUGACCACACUAGCGAAUCGAAAUUAAAACUGAUUGAAUGUGACGGAAUCUAAACUUACAUUUUCUUUUAUCCAAUACACAAUUGAUUGAAAACAAAAGGGGGAAAACGUUUAAUGGAACCUAAUAUAAUUUUCAAAAUAUGCUUAGCCGUCAUUAUGUACAUAGGAAUUCCGCAACGCAUUGUCGAACUGUGUUAGACCGCAGGACAUACAUAACCUACUCACCACUUAAAUCUACACACUGCAAUGAUACAUCAAAUAAGUAUGUUAAUCUUGUUUACUGCUUGAAUUAUCCUCUCUUUCGAAUCAAAGAGCGCAUAGUGUACACGUUGCAUAGUACUCAUUGCUGCGGGUAGUGAACAUAGAAUUGCUUGAAUAACUAUAAAACACACACAUACACACACACAUACACAUGCCCCCAAAUGAACUCCGUUCUCAUAACACUGCCAGUUGUUGUCCAGUAAAGAGACCAUCGGACAGCAAACAUUAGGACAAUUUGGAAAAAUUGCUUGCUGAAGGGCAAUUCGUCAUUAUGUACUCCACCCCGAGUCUAAUCGCGAAGGAAUAGCUUGACUGGAGAAUAGAAAUGUGAACAAUGUAUUAUAGAAGAUAUUUUCAUUUCAAAUUGUAUGUUAGCAAUUAUACAUUACAGUGUCGAUCGCUGUUAGUGCUGUAUAUAGGUUUGUUUCUAGUUUUUCCCCCCAUUUCAGCCUUGGGUUUGAAUUUGUUUGGGCAAAUUUUGUAUAAGAGGUUGCCAAUACUACUACCACUACUUCUACUAUAGCGCCAAUAGCGAUUAUGAAAUCCAUGGAAAAGCACUCUUUUGGUCAGAAAAUUGUUUAUCGAAGCGAGUAUUUGUUUAUUUUUCUAUUUUAAUAUCAUUGUUUCUCUUCCCUCCGUAAUGAAAUCUUUCAGUCGCAUGUACGUUAGGUUUACGUUUUAUGAAGAUCCUUUGUAUUAUAUUAUGAGCUUUAAGAUGAUAAGAAAAAAUCAACAAGAACUAACGUGACUUCUAGAGACGGAAAUAAAUAAACACGAACACAUAAACUCACUUAAAUGGACAUUUAACAAUUGGUAAGAUGAUUGAUUGCAGAUCAAGUGAUGACAAACUGUUUUUAAGCGGGGUAUUCCUCCUUCUCAUACA